UAUAUAAAUGGUUUUAAUCCACUAUAAGAAAACAGAGUUAAAUCAAUUCUUAUAUGAAUGUAAUGCUAAUACUCCUACUGAUUCAGUCAUAAAAGACCUUGUAUAAAGUAAUAAAAUAUGAAUAACAUAUUAGUAAAUAACAUGAGGAUUAUUCUAGAUCGUUUAGCAUGUGCAAUGGAAGAUUUGGCUACUCAUGGUAAUAUAUAUAUAUUAAGAUUAUAUUAUAGGACCCUUAAAACCUGAAGAUACUAGAGGACUAUCUGAAUAAUCAUUAAUUGAUGCAGCUAUUGAAACAAUGGCACCUGAAAAAAAACCAUGGGCAGUUACUCCUUAAUAAUUAUUACCUGGUUAACGAUUGAAUCCAGAUAAAACAUCAUAUCGUACAGGAGUAAUUUAAACAGAGGAAUUGUCAAAGAUGGUUAUUGAGAAUUGUACAAAAGUCAAAUAAGCAAUUUCAAAAAAUCUAGUUGAAUAAAAAUAAUGUCUUACUACAAAGAUUGUUUAAGAAUAAUUAGAUUUAUUAAGAGGUUGUAUGAUGAUUUGUUAUCCUGGAUAUCAUGGAUUACCACCUUGGGAACCAGCUAGAGAAAUCUUAGAAGGUUAAUAUGAUACUCAAGCUACAUUUACAGAAUAAUAUGAUUUUUUAGAUGAGAAAAAUACAUCUUUAUGGUGGGCUGGAAAAGAAUUAUUAAGAGGCAAAUUAUUGUCUGAUUUUAUUGGAAAGAAUGACAAAACUAAAAUUGUAAUUUUACUUAAAUAUAUUUUAUAUUUUAGAUUGUAAGAUUAUAAAAAACUGGGGCUGGGGCUCCUGUUAGAGAACCUGCUGUAGAUGCUGAAACAUAAAAGAAAAUGAUGGCAUUCUAUUAUAAAAAAUAAUAAGAAUAAAAAGUAUUUUUUCAUUUUAAUAAGCGUUUAGGAAUUAGAAGCUGAUAAUGAGGAUGUUUAUUUAAAUUCUUAAUGGGCUAAUCCUAAAUAAUUGAAAUAAUAGCUUAUAGGUGCUAGUGAUUAAAUAUCAUGGAAACCCAAGUGA